UUGAAUUUCACAAAGUGGACCAACGUAAGAAGCCUUCUACCUCACACUUCUACGGUUAAUUUUCUUUUUCGCCAAAAAAAAAAAAAACCCACAUAAAUGCCAAAAAAUAAAAUAAAUUAUUCACCAUCUACCCCCCAAAAAACAAAUAAAUAAAAUAAAAGACCCUUAAGUAAAAGGCUGGACCUGUUCCCCCCAUUAAAGCCCUCCAUGUGUUCAUCAAUGCAACUAGUACACAAGAACUCAUCUUAUUAUUAUUAUUAUUUUUUUAUUUUUUAAAUAUUCAAACAAGUUUUGACUAUUUAAUUAUUAAUUCAAAUUUUCAUCUUCCUGUAAAAAAAAAAAAAAUAAUAAAAAAUUAGUAAAGGUCAAAAGGAUUGUUCUUCGGAGUCAGAAAAACCUAAAGAGAGAGAGAGAGAAGCAGCAUUUUUGCAGACCUCUUACUCUGAGCUCCAUCUCCUUCAAACUGCCCCCCCUUUUUGAAUAACUCUCUCUCUUCUUUCUCUCUCUAACACACACACACACGCACACAGAGAGAAAAGAAAAUUAGAGCAUCGGAAAACGCGCACCUUUUUCAGUAUCGAUUCAAAACCCCCUCAAUUCGCCUCUGUUUCACAAAUCAAUUCCAAACCAAUUCGUCUCUGGAUUUUAUUAUUUCGGGUUUUUUUUUUACUGUUUGAUAAUCCAAUCGGUGUUUCUGUAAUGUGUUUCCGUGAGUGAAGAAUGCUGCUGCGUUUAUCUUCCUGGCUUAAUUUGUUGAUUCGAAGGCGAAUGGAGAGAAAUUGCUGCCAGAUCUGAAGUGAGGUUUUUUGAUUAAUUUCAGAUCUUGUUUUUGCGAAAACAAGGUGCAGAAAUGGUGGCCGAGCCAUGGAUUCUGAAAAUCGGCAAUCAGGUCAGUACCAAUUUAAAACACGCUUUAUACCUCGACGGCUCCACGAAAUCGUCGAACACGAAGCCGCACGACCGGCAAAUCAUCGGCAUACUCUCUUUCGAAGUGGCUAAUGUGAUGUCGAAGAUCCUGAAUCUCCACAAAUCGUUAUCCGAGCACGACUUCCUCAACCUGAAGAACGAGAUCCUGAACUCCGACGGCAUCAAAACCCUAAUCUCCGGCGACCCGGACCACCUCCUCCACCUCGCCCUCCUCGAGAAACUCGACGACUUGAACAGAGCCGCCGCCGUCGUAUCCAGACUCGGCAAGAAAUGCACCGUCCCGGCACUUCAGGGCUUCGAGCACGUGUACGGUGACAUCAUCUCCGGCGCCAUCGACGUCAGCGAGCUGGGGUUCUUGGUGAAGGACAUGGACUCCACCGUCCGAAAAAUGGAGCGUUACGUCGGGUCCACCGUCACCCUCUACCGAGAAAUGGCGGCCGCCGACGAGCUCGAGGCCGCCGCCAAGAAGCUCCACCAGAACCACCACCACGAGACCAGCCGGAGAGCCUUCGAGCAGAAGCUUACGUGGCAGAGGCAAGACAUCAAACACUUGAAGGACAUCUCCUUGUGGAACCAAACCUACGAUAAAAUCGUCGAGCUCUUGUGCCGCACCGUCUGCACGGUUUACGCCCGUAUACACAUCGUAUUCCGCAAUAAUAACAGUAGUAGGGAUGCUUCGAGCGUGUUGAUAUCAAGGUCGAGAAUCGGUUCUAGUGGAAAUCUGAAAAAGCCCGUUUCGAACAAGAGGAGGCCCAAACCGGGCCCAGAGAAAAACGGGUCGGGUUUAUUUGGCCCGGAUGAUUUCAACUUCGCCUGCGGUAUCGGGCCGGGUCGGUUCUUCAUGGAAUGUAUAACCCUAAGCAGCUCUGCUUCGAAAGUGGACGACGAUGAUUUUGAUGAUGAUGGUCAAAGAAGUCAACUAUCGGGAUCUUUUAGUACUGUGGCGAAUAGUUCGAAGUGCGACAGUAAACAUUCCACCUUUUCCGAUAGUUUUUCCCGGCCGGUUUCGAACGGUGUGCGGGCCCCGCCCACGAGUAGGUGGGCCCCGGCAAGCACGGUCGGUGGGUCGGCAUUGCCGUUGCACUACGCGAAUAUAAUAAUAAUAAUCGAGAAGCUUCUUAUGUAUCCUCAUUUAGUGGGCGAAGAAGCGAGAGAUGAUUUGUAUCAAAUGCUUCCCACGAGUGUGAGGAAAAAACUGAAGGGCGAAUUGAGGAAUUACGUGAAGGAUUUGGAGAUAUAUGAUGCGCCGGUGGCGCACGAUUGGAGGGAGAGGCUAAGUGGGGUGCUGAGGUGGCUCGCCCCGCUGGCGCACAACAUGAUGAGGUGGCAGAGCGAGAGGAACUUCGAGCAGAGGCAGAUUGUGACAAGGACAAACGUGCUCCUUGUGCAGACGCUCUACUUUGCCGACCGGGCGAAGACGGAGGACGCCAUUUGUCGGCUUCUGGUUGGCUUGAAUUAUAUAUGCCGGUACGAGCAGCAGCAGAAUGCUUUGUUGGACUGCGCGAGUAGUUUCGAUUUUGAGGACUGCGUGACGUGGCAAUCGCGGAUUGGUGGCUCGUUUUGAUCCUUGAUUUUUUUUUUCUUUUUGUCUCCAUUGUUGUAGGAUGAAACUUACUUAGAUGGGUAGUUUGUUCUUGUAGGUAGUGUAAAUACUAUAAUUGGUUGGAUUUUUUUAAUGUACUUGAUUUAGUAUGUUAUCUUUGAAUGACAAGUUUGGAUAUUACACUAAGUUUAUUAUUGUAUGG